AUGCAAAAGAGUCCCGCGAUCACCUAUCGAUAAUAUCGCUCAACCCAUACCGAUCUACCUGUGCUUGUCUCUGUCUUGUAAAAUAGCUCGCACUGUCAUCUUGACUGGCGGGUCUCUAUCUGAUGUCACAAUCGUCGUCGCCUUUGGGUACAUCGCCAUCGCGUACUGGAAGAAUGUCGCAAUAUGAUUCAACACCUCCCACUUCUUCCGACUUUCCUCUGGUGUCUGCACCAUGUGGUGACACGAAAGCCAGCGAAGGGAAAAGGGCACUCGUAAACUCCAUCACGGGGCCACAGCUGGUCAAUCCCAUCAAGACCAAGCUAAUUCAAGGCUUUACCGUCGAUUCCAUCUCGACCUGGCCUCCGAUCAUCUGGGAAAUCAUAAUGAAGGUUCCCGAAGAGACGAGGAAGAGAGCCUUUCGGCAUUCAACGAUCGAUCGGAUCGAUAACUACGAAAAAUUGGAGUGGAUAGGAGACAAAUUCAUCAGUGCGGCUGUGUCUCACGUGAUACAGGAAAAUCACGCCGACAAGCACCUGGCGUUCCAGAACGUCGUCUUCGACUUUUGCAAAUGCCAUUCUACGAUGAAUGCGAUUUGUCGCAGCUUAGGAAUUGACCAAGUCAUCGACAUCGAUAGACGAGGCGGAUUGUCAGACAGGGUAUGUGAGGACGUAUUCGAGGCGAUUGCCGGGGCAAUCUUUCUGGAACUGGGGUAUGAGACGCUGAUGGUCUACGUGGAAGCGAUCUAUAAACCGGUGCUCGCAGUCCUGCGUCGACAGUUGGAAGUUUCCGGAUGGGAGGAGGCGUCUCUGUUGAGUCAUGCAGGGCGUCGGGGUUACGCAACGCCAGCCUCAAUGGAUUUCUUAAGGAAGCUCAGAGAGCUCUGCUCCAGGCACAAGUGGACGGUCGAGAUCAUCGACCCGAACGAGUUGGAGAACCCCAAUCCCAAUGAAGAAUGCUGGGCUCAGCAUAUUGUGGUCAACGGGCACGAGAAGGCUACCGGUCGAGCCCGUAACAAGCGCAUGGCCCGCAACGAUGCCGCUCAGCAACUGUAUGAGAGACUCAAAGACUCCAAGCUCAGCAGUGAGGACGUUGAGGAUCCGCCCACAGGACGGCCCUCCGAAGCGUCAUUGACUCCCAAAGCUGUCGGAAUCGAUGCCUUGGACCCCCACGUCAAUGAUCACAGCAAAGAUGUCGCUACCAAGCGUUGCCUGACUACUGGAGCGCGGGAGGAUUCUCAAGAACGGCCCUCCAAGCAUGCCCGUUUGGACAUUGACAGAGGCCUUGUCCGGCUUUCUUGAACUCAACCUACAAUCUAUAUUUGAUCUUGAAUCACUAUCAAUAGAAGCAGCAUCGGCUUAACGACAUAGACACGCUACCGGGAAUCCCAACGAGCCUAUCAACGAAAUUACGAGUUUAGUUCAUGUCUCACCUUUGUACAUAUAUAUUUCACGACAUUCACGAUCGGGAUCCUGAUAAACGAAGAUACGAUACCAUCACGGUACCGAAUUUGCGGGGAUUUGACCAGUCUUGCGGCGACUUGCCCAUCUUCUUCAUCAAGUCGCAAGUCG